AUGCAGACGGAAUAUUCGGCUGACGAUAUCGAGGCAGCGACGAGUUUGCAGUUCUUCGCGUGGAGAUUCCUGCUUGUCUCGCACUGGAACACGAUGAAAGGCCUUUAUAUCGUUACGCGAUAUCUCCCCUUUCUCCUCCUCGCCACAAAUCUAUAUUUGAGUUUUAUCCCAAAUGAAACCCCAGGUAAAUGCCGGGUAUUGGAUAAUAUUUGCUUAGGUUUCGGCAUACUAUCAGUCAUUUGCUCCGAGGGUAUUUCCUUCCUCCCUAGGACGAUAUUUCGCCCUCAGAACAUAAUCUUACUCGCAGCAGUGCUUUCUACCUAUCUCCUAGUGGUAGAUGCAUCAGCUAGACUUUUGCCGGAGCAUCCGUCAGCAUUGCCUUCACCACCACUGCUCCCGCAGCAUAUGCGACUAGCGCGAUCCCGGGCAUCACAGGGUGCUACCAGAGUUCGACCAGUUUCCGACUCUUCAUACCGUUUAUUCUCCUUUCCGUAUUCGAAUUGGAACUGGCGGACAAACCAAGGCCCUCUGUACGUUGUCCUGGUGAAACAUAACAUAUUUUAUUAUACGUGUGGUUUUUUGUUCUCAGUAGCGAACAUAUUCACAUCACUGCUCCUCCAUUACUCCUACCACGCUAUAUUGGAUGAUUUCCAGUUCGUGAUCCUCGCGACUCUCGCCACGCGCAUGCACCGCCGUCUUUGGCAGAUGAAGCCACAGACAUACAGCUCUGACGCCCUCAUGCCAAUUCCUAUGUCCGAAAUGUCACCUGUUGAGCAUACGGCGUGACGUGACACCUUACCUGGCGGCGUCGUUCGUCGAGCGAGGUGUACAUGCUUAACCUUCACGACUAUGUUCUCUGUCGUGGGGCAAAAGAUGCGUGAGUGGAUGAGACCAGGAUUCUGGAUUUGAACAUGCUAGAGCGAGAAGCACGGCCUAACAAAUACUUACGCCCACCUUCUUGGUCGUGCAACCAGGAUGUGAAUCUGCCUGUACACUAUGGACCUCGUCACCUGCGUUGAUGAUAUGAUGGAUAAGGGAGAAGACCUGGUGCACAAGCUAUCGUUUACAUCUCUCAAUUUAGCGGUGGAGUUCGUACUUGAAUUAUUUUAUCUAUUAAAUGUCCAUAUUAUCGAAGCGGCAGCAGAAAUGCGAUGAAGUGCGCAGAUACU